UGUUAUUUCUUAGGGUAGACCGCAGAAAACCGGCAACCAUAUUGUAACAAUGUACAUGAGCGCACAUCGACAAGUUUUUUUCAUUAUUUUGAACUCUGAUUUCUGACGGUGCAAAACGUUUUUCAAGUUGUGUUUGUUAAGCAAGUUCGAUUUUAUUGGUGUUUGAUCCCGACAAAAAAGUCCAUCAUGAGCUCGGUGUUUCGCAGCGAAGAAAUGGCAUUAUGCCAAUUGUUUUUACAAAAUGAAGCCGCGUAUGCUUGUGUUUCCGAACUCGGCGAAUUAGGUCUAGUGGAGUUUAAAGAUUUGAAUUCAAACGUUAAUUCGUUCCAACGUAAAUAUGUUGGCGAAGUCCGUCGUUGCUAUGAAAUGGAAAGAAAACUGCGUUACUUGGAAAGAGAAAUUAAAAAGAACGGCAUUAAAAUAUUAGACACGGGUGAAAAUCCAGAAGCUCCACAACCUCGUGAAAUUAUUGAUCUUGAAGCUACAUUUGAUAAGCUUGAAACUGAAUUGAGAGAAGUCAACCAUAACGCUGAAACAUUAAAACGCAAUUUUCUUGAACUAACUGAGCUUAAACAUGUUUUACGAAAGACACAAGUAUUCUUUGAUGAGGUAAAUUUCUUGGUAAUAAUAUAUUUCAUUUUAAAUAGUAUUUCUAAAAUAAAACAAAAACACAUGCCUGCAUGUGCGGUUGCUUUGCAGAUGGCUGACCAAAAUGACGAACAAGUUUUAUUGCUAGGCGAAGAAGGACUGCGUGCUGGAGGUCAAGUCCUCAAUUUAGGAUUUGUUGCCGGAGUUAUAAUGCGUGGAAGGAUUCCUGCGUUUGAGCGAAUGUUGUGGCGAGUCUGCCGAGGCAAUGUUUUUUUGAGGCUAGCUGAAAUAGGAACACCAUUAACAGAUCCAUCCACAGGAGAACCAGAGGACAAAUCGGUGUUCAUAAUAUUCUUCCAAGGUGAUCAACUGAGGUCUCGGGUAAGGAAAAUUUGUGAAGGUUUCCGUGCGACAUUGUACCCCUGUCCAGAAGCUCCACCACGGCGCCGUGAAAUGGCUAUGGGUGUGUUGACCCGCAUAGAAGACUUAAACACUGUAUUGAACCAAACCAACGAUCAUCGACAUCGUGUACUCGUCGCUGCCGCCAAGAAUAUAAAAAGUUGGUUUAUCAAAGUUAUCAAAAUCAAGGCUAUUUAUCACACACUAAACUUUUUUAACUUGGACGUAACACAAAAAUGUUUAAUUGCCGAGUGCUGGGUACCGUUACUUGAUAUCGAGACUAUUCAACUUGCUUUACUUAGAGGAACACAUCGAAGUGGAAGCUCUGUACCACCUAUUUUAAACAGAAUAAAAAAAUUUGAAAAUCCGCCGACUUAUAACCGUACAAAUAAAUUUACCAGUGCUUUCCAAAAUUUAGUGGACGCCUAUGGAAUUGCUAGUUACAGAGAAAUUAAUCCGGCUCCAUACACUAUUAUCAGUUUUCCAUUUUUGUUUGCUGUCAUGUUUGGUGAUCUUGGUCAUGGAACUUUAAUGUUUUUAUUUGCUGCCUUUUUGGUUUUACUCGAAAAAUCAUUGGCUGCCAAAAAAAACGACAACGAAGUGUGGAACAUACUUUUUGCUGGUCGUUACAUUAUAUUGUUGAUGGGUUUAUUUGCAAUGUACACCGGUCUAAUCUAUAAUGAUAUAUUUUCUAAAUCUCUCAACUUAUUCGGUUGUCGUUGGCAUACAAACUAUAACGUCUCUACAGUGCUGGACAAUAAAUUCCUACAGUUGAAUCCAGCAUUGUCAUCAAACUAUGAUCAAACCCCAUAUCCUUUGGGACUCGAUCCUGUAUGGCAGCUGGCAGAAAAUAAAAUUGUAUUUUUAAACGCAUACAAAAUGAAAAUUUCUAUUAUAUUUGGCGUACUUCACAUGUUGUUUGGUGUAACUCUCAGUUUGUACAAUUAUAGAUAUUUCAAUGACAGACUAUCUGUUUACUGUGAAUUUAUCCCUCAAUUCAUAUUCUUGACGUCCCUAUUCUUCUACAUGGUAUUGUUAAUGUUCUAUAAAUGGAUAACGUAUGGUCCUCAAAAUGAUUUUCCAAAAAGUCCAGCUUGUGCACCGUCUAUUUUGAUUACAUUUAUCAACAUGGUCUUGUUUAAAGACAAUCCGCCACUAGAACAUUGUAAUACUGUGUACAUGUUUUCAGGACAAGAGACUUUGCAAAAAUGUUUAGUCUUUGUGGCAGUUUUGUGUGUUCCAAUUAUGUUAUUUGCAAAACCUAUUUGCGUCAUGAGACAAAAAGAAAAACAUGUUCAGCUAGUGAAUGGACAUGCCACUACUGAAAAUGGCAAUGCAGAAAGAGCUGGUGGUGGUCAUGGAGGUCACGGUGAAAACGAAAUUGGUGAACUAUUUAUUUAUCAAGGCAUUCAUACAAUUGAGUAUGUGCUGGGAUCGGUGAGUCACACAGCUUCUUACCUUAGAUUGUGGGCUCUUUCUUUAGCUCACGCACAAUUAUCUGACGUGCUGUGGAAUAUGAUAUUGAGAAAAGCUUUUUCCCAGGAAGAACUUGGCUAUUUCCAAGGUGUUUUGGUAUAUUUCUACUUCCUUUUUUGGGCAAUUCUCACCGUAAGCAUUCUUGUACUUAUGGAGGGACUCUCUGCAUUCUUGCACACACUCCGUUUGCAUUGGGUAGAGUUCCAAAGCAAAUUUUACAAAGGACUUGGUUAUGCAUUUUCUCCGUUUUCAUUCGAAGUUAUAUUAAUGACAGCUGUAGCAUCAACCGAAGAAUAAAUUUCAGU